CAAGGAUCCUCCUUCAAAGCGCCACAUCCAGUCUUUCAAGGGGUGGCGAAGGCACAACAAAGCUAUUGGCGGUGUGAGGCGUCUUGAUUCCCUUGUUUUGUGAUGCCAGGGAGCAAAAUGAGCCCCUCACUGCAGCAGGUGUUCCUCGCCCUCAUAAGCUGGUGUGUUUGGAAGAAAAGCUUUAUCGAGGGACGAGACUUGCCUUUCCUGGCCGAGGAAUACUUGGGUCGGCUGGACGCCUGUAGGUGUGUUCCAAUCACCCAUCCCUGCUCCGACGAGUUUGUGGCGAUCCCUUUCCUUACAGUAUACUCCCAGCCCCUGAAAGUGUGCGCGCAAGGGACGCGGUUGUGUUGCCAGGAGACAGCAUCGCCGAAGACGACCACCUUUAAGACUGCCGAAAAUCUCAACUACCUGCUGGUGAAGGUGCCUCCUGGUGUGCACCGAGGCCACCUCCAUCACCUGCCAGGCUACCUAUCAGGAUUAUCAAGACGUUUGGCCCCCACGCAGAAAGAUGUGGAGGCUGGUGACGGCGAUGGUGGUGAUGGCAACGUGACACAACAGGAAGUGGGAGAUGGGACUGAGAGAGACGCUGGGGGAUCGUUACUGGAGAGGACUGAAGGUGCCAUCACCACAGAAAAUAUCAACAUUGCGUCGUCAUUCAUACCGGGAGAUGUUACCGUCACAGAAUGGAACGAGACCGAAUGGACCAAGAGAGAUGAACUGUACACGAAAGGCAUGGAGAAAUCGACCUUGAAUCCUGACGCGUCUACAAUCACAUACGCACCUGAAUUAAAUACGCGUGGCGGUAUGAAUGUUUUAACUUGGAUCUACUCACUCAGCGAACCACCGUCUGUCUCUAUUGAAUGUCUUACUGGUGUCUGUCAUGAAAACUCUUCUCCGAGCACUGUUGAUGUAGAUGCUGCCGUGAAUGUCUCUGUGGGUGUCAAGGACACGAAAACGCCAAAGCAAACCGAGACGGUGUUUCCCACUGACAACAUAACUUUAGAUCCUGUCACACAAGGUCGUACUAAUGCAUCCUCUCCCACACAAGACCAAACUCCCACACCAUCUCACAAGCUAAAGCAGGUAAUAACUUUAAGUCGAACUGAGUCGAUGUUUCCUUCUGAAAAUAUAACUACGCAACACCCUGGUACACAAGACCAAAGUACUGUUACGUCCUCUCCCACACAAGACCAGAGAACUGAAUCUUACAAGCAAGGGCAAGAAAUAACUCCAAGGCAUAAUGAAUCAAUGUCUCUCUCUGAGAAUGUAACUACAGAUCUUCUUGCCGCACAAGACCAAACUAUUACAUCUACACAAGAGCAAACUACUGUAUUACCUCACAUGCAAGAAGCGGACAUGCGAUCCAAUGCUUCUAUUUUGAUCGCGAGGGUGAAUGAACCUGUGCCUUUCUCUGGGAAUGGGACGACUAUGGAAAUGGACAAUCCCGCAUCCACCAGCCCCUCCCAAGCCCAUUCCCCUAUCACCACACCCAAGCCUGACACCACCACCACCACUGCAAGCACCACUACUGUCAGCACUUCUACCCGCAGGCCUCCAACCACCACCACCACCACUGCCAGUCCUGGUUUAUGGGAAUGGCUGUUUGGCUGAGUGUUUGUAGAGUUCCAAGUAGCUGUGACUCUUGGGUCUUCUUGAAUUUAGAAUUUUAUUUGAAUAUAUAUAUAUAUAUAUAUAUAUAUAUAUAUAUAUAUAUAUAUAUAUAUAUAUAUAUAUAUAUAUAUAUAUAUAUAUAUAUAUAUAUAUAUAUAUAUAUAUAUAUAUAUAUAUAUUUUAUUGGAAGGGUAGGUAAGUGGUUUUUAGAACUUUCUCUAUGCUAGCAAACGACUGCCAUCACUAAAUUUCUUAGAGAAAUAUAACUAAAUAAUUGGUGUAAAUAUUAGUUUUAAUAAUAACCAAAUAAAAAGUUGUGUAAUUCUGCAAGACUUUUGAAGACGCAUCACAAUGAAGAUUUCAUUUAAAAUUCUAAAUUGUAACUCGACAAAGACUUUGUAAUGUCGCUUAUUGCUAUCAGAACGGUGGAAGACAUCGUAGGCAAAACGUCAUUGUUAUAUAUUCCCGUUAAUUUUCUCCCAGCAGUGCCAGAUUAGUAGAUAAAGAUGAUAAAUACCAAAUAGCGAAAUACCAAGGAAUAUAAAAUGAAGAUAAAGAUACGAAAGUAUAUGAAAGUAAAGCAAACAGAGAGAGAAAUGUACCAAAUCAGCAGAUAAAGAAUACCAGAUUAGGAGGCAAAUAUCGAUCACACAAUCAGGAGAUAUUUUUAGGAUGAAUUAUCGGUAAACUUCCUAACUCGUAUACCUGAUUCGUCCACUUGCUAGUUAUUGCACAUCGUUACUUCCAACAUACUCUAACAGUGUCUUUUAACCUCUGUCGCCCCUUAUCGCUUCGCAGUCUUCGUCCUACUUUUCGUCCUACUUUUCUUCCUUAUCCUCUUCUUUCCUCAUCCUCUGCAUUUAUUACACUUAAGAUCUCCAUACGUUUUAUUUAUACUUAUUUUCAUUUACAUUAAUUAAGGUUUUCGUACAUUUCACCCGCGCCUUUUCAUUUUAUUUGAGCAGCUUGAUUUUCUGCACGAGACAACGACCUCAACGACUACUGCAACCUGUUACCCCUACCACUACAACCAAAAGCACCACCAUCAUUACUACUUUUGUUACUACUACUACUACUACUACUACUACUACCACCACCAUCAUUACUACAACUACUACUACCACCAGCUUAACAACAACAUUUACUACUGCUACUACUCCUACCACCACCACCACCGCUACCAUCACCCCCACGACCACCCUUCACCUUCACUGCUUCUACUUGUGCAAUCAAGGACUGCAACCAUCACUUGCUGCUAGGAACCGGUGUUGUGCUAACUCGCUCCCGGGUCAAAAUUUCUCCCUGGUGACGCCACUGCGCAUGUGCACCAAAUCCAGAAGACAGCAGCAACACAUCAUCCAGAUAUUUUAUAUAUUUUAGGUAUUAUCAAUUACUUUUUGAAGGUUUAUUGACAAAUUACUAUUGCUUCAUUGUAUGUGGAUAUGUUAGGAUAGGAAUGAAGCAAGUAAAUAAGAGUAGCGAGUGAUAACAGAGCACCAAAGCUUCUCCCUUUGCAAGUGUAAGGUCCUACCACCAUCUAUCUUACCUGGUCCUCUUACCUGGUUGGCUUCCCUUAGUUAAAACUAGACCAGCUAGCAAGCACACAAAACUCAAAUACAGGAAGCCCAAAACCACAGGUACGCCCGUGUCGCAAACAAAAACAAACAUCUAAAUUAUAGAUCAAGUCUUCUUAAA